UCUAUUCCGCGAAUUACAAGAUUAUUUGAAUGUAAGACAAGGAAUUCAAUCAAAAACGGUUCUUAAGCGAACAAUCUGUAAGUUCUCACCUUUUCUCGAGUAUACAGAUCGUUUUUUAUCGAAAAUUAUUAAUUUUACGGCCGAGUUGGACUGCUUCGGCACUUUCGUCAUUGUACCGUUGUAUAAACGGUUUUGUAGCUUUGCACAGGUGGCUGACUCGUAAAGGAAAUGAGCGUCGCCAUUGUACGUGUCAACGUUGAUCGGCGUCUUCGUCUCGUGAAGAGAAGAGAGGCCAUGAUUCCAACAGAGGGAGAGUUUACUCCCGAUUAUAGUUACGCAUUUGUAAGAAUCAUGUUAAAUCCGGUAUGCAAUGGGCAUUAUGCUCCUCGAACAAUCGAUAUCCUCUCAACGGCAGUCUGUCGUUACCUGUCGAUUCACCAGUAUCGCGUGCACGUCGAACUUGCCUAAUGAUUAUUCGAUACGUUAUUUGUAUUUAUUUGAAUUUUCUUUUCAAUCCUGCGGACCAGUUUCUAGAAGUUGAUGAGGGUCGUAUUGUUGGAGGGCAGCCAGCGAGUAUCGAUGAACAUCCGUACCAGGUAUCCCUUCGAUUUCACAAUCGUCACGUAUGCGGUGGCUCUAUCAUUAGCGAGCUGUGGGUCGUCACAGCUGCGCACUGUGUCCAGAGCUUCUUUGUUCGAUCCAUUUCGAUCAAGGUAGGUACUUCCGACCUCACCGACACCAAUGCCACAGUGAUCAACGCGGCAGAAAUUAUCAUUCAUGAGAAGUAUCAGAGAAAAAGCUCGGAUUUUGACAUUGCUUUGAUUAAAUUAAGAAAGCCAUUGGUGUACAAUUCGCGAGUGGAACCAAUUUUAUUGGCGCCGAUAGCCGAUCAUUACAUGGCUGGUAGCAAAGCGAUGGUUACAGGUUGGGGAGCUUUGAGAAGCAACGGUCCAUUGUCGACAAAAUUACGCAAAGUCCAAAUACCACUCGUUUCUAACGUCCAAUGUUCUCGAUUGUACAUGAACAGAAGGAUCACACCGAGAAUGAUUUGCGCCGGUUACGUGAAUGUUGGUGGCAAGGAUGCGUGUCAGGGGGACAGCGGCGGCCCAUUGGUGCAACACGACAAACUGAUCGGAAUUGUUUCGUGGGUCGGUUGCGCGCGGCCAUCUUAUCCAGGCGUUUACACGCGUGUGACAGUUCUCCGAAGUUGGAUUACUGAGAAAACUGUUGAUGAGGGUCGUAUUGUUGGAGGGCAGCCAGCGAGUAUCGAUGAACAUCCGUACCAGGUAUCCCUUCGAUUUCACAAUCGUCACGUAUGCGGUGGCUCUAUCAUUAGCGAGCUGUGGGUCGUCACAGCUGCGCACUGUGUCCAGAGCUUCUUUGUUCGAUCCAUUUCGAUCAAGGUAGGUACUUCCGACCUCACCGACACCAAUGCCACAGUGAUCAACGCGGCAGAAAUUAUCAUUCAUGAGAAGUAUCAGAGAAAAAGCUCGGAUUUUGACAUUGCUUUGAUUAAAUUAAGAAAGCCAUUGGUGUACAAUUCGCGAGUGGAACCAAUUUUAUUGGCGCCGAUAGCCGAUCAUUACAUGGCUGGUAGCAAAGCGAUGGUUACAGGUUGGGGAGCUUUGAGAAGCAACGGUCCAUUGUCGACAAAAUUACGCAAAGUCCAAAUACCACUCGUUUCUAACGUCCAAUGUUCUCGAUUGUACAUGAACAGAAGGAUCACACCGAGAAUGAUUUGCGCCGGUUACGUGAAUGUUGGUGGCAAGGAUGCGUGUCAGGGGGACAGCGGCGGCCCAUUGGUGCAACACGACAAACUGAUCGGAAUUGUUUCGUGGGGGUUCGGUUGCGCGCGGCCAUCUUAUCCAGGCGUUUACACGCGUGUGACAGUUCUCCGAAGUUGGAUUACUGAGAAAACUGGUCUGUGAGCGUUUUGUGUUUAUCCUAUGCGCGAGCACGAAACGUUAUUGAACCAGCUACGAACUCGGAAAUUUUUCCUGCAAACAUUUCGCCUCGUUACUUUACUCUCGUCAUCUUCUUUGUUUGCGAAGAGAGUUGCUCGGGUUUCACGAAAAACCCCCGGGAUCGUGGUUGGUUUUUCGCUAUGGUGGGAUGUGACCUCGACACAUUGAAAUAUUAUAUUAUAUUUUUGCACCGUAAUUAUAUUACAAAUUACUCGACUUUUCACUCGGUCAAUUGUCAAGCAUCGUAAGUAUCAAUUACUUAAACUCUCUUCAUAUUUUUACGUUAUAAUCGUUAAUACGACUUGAUUUGUAUGAGUUUUUCGAAAGAAUAAUACUGUUAUGAUCUUCGAAUGUUUGAAAUUCCCUUUCGAGAAAGAAAGAUCUUGAGAAAAAUUUUAAGAUCUUGAGAUAGAGAAUAAAAUAUAUAUUAAUAAUGA